UGUCCCAGUUUGGGCUGAACACUUCACAGAAUUACAAAUACAUUACAAGGGUGGGGGGAUAAGUAGACCGGUGCUUUGGCUUUGCUGUGUUUCUUUGACAAUGUUUCAGUACAGGAAGAGCUGGUUUAGAAAAUAUGCAGGUGGCAGAGGAUUUGGAGGAAUGGAAAACCCCGGCUACUGCACCGGGAGCUUUGACGGCCUUCAUCACCCCAGUGACGAUGAUGAUGACGAGAUGGUGGACAUUGCAGGAGCGACACUGGACUUCUCCACCACGGACGACGUCCCUCCUCUCAGCACAGGAGGUUACGAGGAGUACGGCAGCGGCAGCAGCAGCGGGAGCAGCAACAGCAGAGCAGCCGGUAUGAACGGUAACGGCCCCACUAAGCUGGUGGACCCACUGGAGGACCCGCUGCCCGGAGUGGGCACCUAUGAAGACUUCAACACCAUCGACUGGGUCAGAGAGAAGAGCAAGGACCGCGAUAGACACAGAGAGAUCACCAAUAAGAGCAGACAGUCCACUGUGGCCCUGCUGCACAGCGUCAGUGAUGCCUUCUCUGGGUGGCUGCUCAUGCUGCUGGUGGGACUCAUGUCAGGUGCUCUGGCCGGUGGCAUCGACAUCGCAGCCCACUGGCUGACAGACAUGAAAGGCGGCGUGUGUCUCAUCGGCUUCUGGUUCAACCACGAGCACUGCUGCUGGAAGUCCAACGAGACCACGUUCCAGGAGAGGGACCAGUGUCCACAGUGGCAGAGCUGGGCCGAGCUCAUAACGGGAACAUCAGAGGGUGCGUUUGCCUACAUAGUGAACUAUCUGAUGUACAUCUUCUGGGCUCUGCUCUUCUCCUUCCUGGCGGUCACGCUGGUCCGGGCCUUCGCUCCAUACGCCUGUGGCUCAGGAAUACCAGAGAUUAAAACCAUCCUCAGUGGCUUCAUCAUCCGCGGCUACCUGGGGAAGUGGACCCUCAUCAUCAAGACCAUCACCCUGGUUUUAGCCGUCUCCUCCGGGCUCAGUUUAGGAAAGGAAGGCCCUCUGGUCCAUGUAGCAUGCUGCUGCGCUAAUAUACUGUGUCAUCUGUUCACCAAGUACCGCAAGAAUGAGGCCAAGCGGCGAGAGGUGUUAUCAGCAGCAGCAGCGGUUGGUGUGUCAGUGGCUUUCGGUGCUCCCAUAGGAGGAGUCCUGUUCAGCCUGGAAGAAGUGAGUUAUUACUUCCCUCUGAAGACUCUGUGGCGCUCGUUCUUCGCCGCUCUGGUCGCAGCCUUCACCCUGCGCUCCAUCAACCCGUUUGGAAACAGCCGCCUGGUGCUGUUCUACGUGGAGUUUCACGCCCCGUGGCACCUGGUGGAGCUGGCCCCUUUCAUCCUGCUGGGGAUAUUCGGCGGCCUCUGGGGGGCGCUGUUUAUCAAGGCCAACAUUGCCUGGUGCAGGAGACGUAAAACCACUCGUCUCGGUCACUACCCCGUCAUCGAGGUGCUGGUGGUCGCCGCGCUGACCGCCCUGCUCGCCUACCCGAACAGUUACACCAGGAUGAGCGGAGCUGAGCUCAUCUCGGAGCUGUUCAACGACUGCUCCCUGCUCGACUCCUCUCAGCUCUGCGGCUACGAACAGCCGGCCAACACGUCAGACACAGGUGUAGGUAACAGCCUCGCAGACCGACCCGCGGGGAAAGGCCUUUACACCGCGCUGUGGCAGCUGGCUCUGGCCUUAGUCUUCAAGAUGAUGAUCACUGUGAUUACCUUUGGCAUGAAGGUCCCCUCCGGUCUCUUCAUCCCCAGCAUGGCCGUCGGAGCCAUCGCCGGCAGACUGCUGGGCGUCGGCAUGGAGCAGCUGGCCUAUUACAACCACGACUCCUUCAUCUUUAAAGGGUGGUGCUCGCCGGGAGCAGACUGCAUCACUCCGGGGCUCUACGCCAUGGUCGGAGCCGCCGCAUGUUUAGGUGGAGUGACUCGUAUGACGGUGUCGCUGGUAGUCAUCAUGUUCGAGCUGACUGGCGGGCUGGAGUACAUCGUCCCCCUCAUGGCCGCCACCAUGACCAGCAAAUGGGUGGCAGAUGCUUUCGGGAGGGAGGGGAUCUACGAGGCUCACAUCCGGCUGAACGGUUACCCGUUCCUGGAGCCGAAAGAGGAGUUUGACCACAGCAGCCUCGCCGUGGACGUGAUGAGGCCCCGGAGGUCGGACCCCGCGCUCGCCGUUCUCACACAAGAGGGCAUGACGGUCGGAGAGGUGGAGGCCUUGGUGGACAGCACACACUACAGUGGCUUCCCCGUGGUCGUCUCCCAGGAGUCCCAGAGGCUCGUAGGAUUUGUCCUCAGAAGAGACCUGCUCAUAUCAAUCGACAACGCCCGGAAGCGCCAGGAGGGCGUGGUCAGCGCCUCCCAGGUGGUCUUUACCGAGCACGCUCCUUCCCAGGCUCCCGAUGCCCCGCCUCCGCUCCGCCUCAGAGGAAUCAUGGACCUGAGCCCCUUCACGGUUACCGACCACACACCCAUGGAUAUCACUGUGGAUAUUUUCAGGAAACUGGGGCUACGCCAAUGUCUAGUUACACAUAACGGGAGGCUGCUGGGAAUCAUCACUAAGAAGGACAUACUGAAACACAUGGCGCAGAUAGCCAACAGAGACCCCGACUCCAUCCUUUUCAACUGAACUUCCUCCCCCCUGCCUCCUCUUCCUCCUCCUCAUCCCUCCAUCCUCUCCUCUGUAGACCAGAGGAAAAAGAAGACACCAGCUCGAACGGUCGAAAAACAAAAACGCACCUUUUACCUCUUCAACUUUAAAAAGCUGUUUAGAGAAAGCCAAGUAAGUCGAGCUCCAUUUGCACAGGUGACGAGAGAACAUUGAAUUUUUCUUUUUUUUUUUUGAGUUGGAGACGUUUUUUUUGGCUUUCCAUACGUGAGUGCACCACUCAGAAACAAUGACUCAUCCUCACUGACACCACUCGCCCCAAUUUCAUGCUCCAUACACAUGAGGAAUAAGUCAACGGAAUAUUUCACAUACGCUGCUCUCGGCUUUUUCUCUUUUCAAAAGAGAGAGAGAGAGAGGAAAAAUUCUCCCUCCUCCAUUUGCCGUCUCGUUUCUCUGCUACACCUGAGAGAGAGAGAGAGAGAGAGAGAUAAUCCUCUGUUAUACACGCUGACACGAGGAGACGAGGUGGUGGAGGAGGAGGAGGAGGAGGAGAUAAAGACGUUGGGGAAGAUAAAGAGGAGGUUUGGGGAGCUCCGUGCCUGCCCUCCGGCCGUCACAGCGAGCCCAGGCAGAGCACUCCGAGCUGGGCUGAUGGAUGCUCGGACACCUCCACCCCCACCACCCUCCUCCUCCUCCUCCUCCUGUGAGCUUUCCUGUUGCCCCGGGGGGGUGAAGAAGGAUCCAGGAGUGUGAGAAGAGGCUCUAAUACACACAUACUUACACUCCAUAAAGACGUGGUGACAGCCUGGGAACCCUCCACACAAAUGUCUUUUUCUUUUUCUUUGUCAUAGACGCUUCAGAUUUGUGUGAUACGGCGUGAGACUGCAGCCUGGGAACUGCGCAGUGUUGUCUUGCCAUACAGACUCUCGGACUGGCAACGUGACAACCACGCUCUUCACACAUACACAUAGACAAUGCUGCAAAAAGAAAAAACCAUGUCGGGCCUUAUGGAAGUAUUUCUGGGCUGAGCUGUGGAAGGGCUAAACAAAAAAACAAAAAAAAAACAACAAGAAAUGAAAAUAAAUAAAAAGAGCGAAUCAUGACACAUGAAUUAAUUUAUGUAAAUGUAAAAUUGUUUGUCCCACUAAAUUAUUUCACUGACUUAAA